AUGGAGCCAACGGUUGUCGCUUCCACAAGACUGCCCCUGAGCAUCGUUUCCCUUCUUUUGGCGGCUGGAACUCUGCUAGCGAUUACACUUCAUCGUUUCCUUACCAUUGAUUACGAUCCUCGAGAGCCUCCAGUCAUCAAACCGCGCAUCCCUUACAUAGGCCACAUACUUGGAAUCAUCAAAUAUGGAACCAAGUACUUCGAGAUCGUCAACCGCGAAACUCAAUACCCCAUCUACACAUUACCGACCUUAUCCACUCGACAAUACAUAGUCACGUCUCCUCAGAUCGCUGGUCAACUUCAGCGGCAGCACAAGGAUCUCGCAUUCUAUAACAUCAUUCUAGAAGUUACUCGCAGGUUGACAAACCUCAACCAGAGCACCAUGAAGAUCGUCAUGAAGAACGUGAACGGUGAGCAUGGUGACUGGGGAUUGAUGCCGACUAUGCAUAACAUGAUCAACACUGUCCUCGGCCGCGGAGAGUCGCUCAAAGACCUCACGCGUUCGCAGAUGUUGAUAUUUUCAGAAAUGCUCAACAAAAUUGCCGUAGCGGAUGACUGCUUCGAAACCGAUCUGUUCCAGUGGAUCAAAUCCGUCUUUACUCUUGCCAAUUCGAAUUCGAUCUACGGGCCAGAGAACCCAUUCGCCGUCGAUCCGAGCCUAGUCAACGCGUUCUGGGAUUUUGAAGCCGGCAUGCUGAAUCUCAUAAUAGACAUCUUUCCCAGUGUCACGGCACGGAAGGCACAUCUGGGACGGGAAAGGGUGUCCAAAGGCCUCGUCGACUAUGUCCGAGAAAAGCGGUAUCAGAAGGCCUCCCUCCUCAUUCAAAAGCGUAUUGGCAUCAACCUCGGUCAUGGGUUCACCGAAGCCGAGGCUGGUCGCUCUGAAAUUAUCUUGCUCUUUGCUAUCCUAGGGAACGCUGUGCCGUCAACAUUCUGGGUCAUUGCAAACAUCAUCAGCCGCCCCGAGCUACUAGCCGAGAUAAGGCAUGAACUCGAAACAGCUAUCGAGGACGAAGAAAAUGGAAACAAAAGCAUCAACCUGUCGAUCGUUGAAUCAUCUUGCCCGCUGUUUGUAUCCACGUACAGAGAGACGCUGCGCACGAUUGGGAACCUGGCCUCUCUUCGCUACGUGUUGAAUGACACGAUCGUGGGGAAGCAUUAUCUCAAAAAGGAUUCGAUAAUACAGAUGGCCGGCAUCAUCAUACACCAUGACCCACAGACGUGGGGACAAGACAGCGAGCGAUUCAAUCCCCGCCGGUUCAUCAAAUCACAGGAGCCUAGAGCCAAUACGGAAGAGCUGACCGAGUCAGAUGUCAAAGAGUUGGCAGCGACACAGCUCCCUGAAGGCGUGCCAUCAGCCGCAUUCCGGCUCUUUGGCGGAGGCAGUGUGGUGUGCCCGGGACGCCAUUUCGCGCAGAGCGAAAUUCUGGGCUUCGUUACGUAUCUGUUAAUGGCCUUCGACAUGACUCGCCCCGAUGGGACGACACUCAGACGGCCUUUGCGUGACGACGAAAAGAUUCCUUUGAGCGUCAUCAAGCCCAAGGAAGAUGUGAAAAUCAGAAUUCGAAGACGUAAAGGCUUCGAGAAUACUUUAUGGUGGCUUAAAGCAUAA